UCCCUUCUGUGCCAGAGCACUGGCCCAGAUAGCGUGCGCAGCUGGGGAAGAGAGCGCUGCUAUCAGCGGGGCCAGGCGACUUCCAGCCUGCCAUGGCCUCUGGGGCACCUGGGGAGCGGUUGCGCGAGGAGGCUAGGUGCCCGGUGUGUCUGGAUUUCCUUCAGGAUCCGGUCAGCGUGGCCUGUGGCCACAGCUUCUGCCUCAGGUGCAUCUCGGAGUUCUGUGAGAAGUCUGACAGCGCGCAGGGCGGCCUCUAUGCCUGCCCGCAGUGCCGGGGCCCCUUUGGGCUGGAGAGCUUUCGGCCCAACCGGCAGCUGGCCAGCCUGGUGGACAGCGUGCGGCAGCUAGGGCUUGGCGCGGGGCCGGUGGGAGUGCGCCUGUGUGCGCAGCACUGCGAGGAACUGACCCUCUUCUGCGAAGUGGACCAGGAGGCACUGUGCUGGGUCUGUGACACGACUGCUGAACACAGGAGUCACCACACCAUGCCUCUGCAAGAGGCAGCUCGGUGUUACCAGGUAAAGCUCCAGAGGGCCCUGGAAAUGGUAAGAAAGAAGAUGGAGGAGGCCUUGACUCAGGAGGUCAAUGUGGGGAAGAAAACUAUCAUUUGGAAGGAAAAAGUGGAGAUGCAGAGGCAGCGCUUCAGGCUGGAGUUUGAGAAGUAUCGUGGCUUCCUGGCCCAUGAGGAGCAGCUCCAGCUGCGGAGGAUGGAGGAGGAGGAGCGAGCCACCCUGCAGAGACUGCGGCACAGCAAGAACCUUCUGGGGCAGCAAAGCAGGGCUCUGAAGGAGCUGGCUGAGGAGCUGGAGGAGAGGUUCCAACGCCCAGCUCUGGGGCUGCUGGAGGGUGUGAGAGAAGCAUUGAGCAGAAGUAAGGAUGUCACACAGGUGGAACUGGAGAACAUCCCCAUGGAGCUGAAGACAAUGUGUCACAUCCCUGGGAUGAGGGAAAUGUUGAGAAAGUUCCAAGUUGAUGUCAAGCUGGACCCUGUCACAGCGCAUCCUAGCCUCCUCUUGACUGCUGAUCUGCGCAGUGUGCAGGACGGAGAGCUGUGGAGGGAUCUCCCCAACAACCCGGAGCGAUUUGAUACAUGGCCCUGUGUCCUGGGUUUGCAGAACUUCUCCUCAGGAAGGCAUUACUGGGAGGUCAUGGUAGGAGAAAGAGCAGAGUGGGGUGUAGGUGUCUGUCGAGAGACGGUGCUGAGAAAGGGGGAGACCACACCCUCUCCUGAGAACGGAGUCUGGGCCAUGUGGCUGCUGAAAGGAAAUGAGUACAUGGUCCUUGCCUCCCCAUCUGUACCUCUCCUCCACCUGGAACGGCCUCACUGCAUUGGGAUUUUUUUGGACUAUGAAGCAGGUGAAAUCUCUUUUUACAAUGUAACAAAUGGGUCUUACAUCUACACAUUCAACCAACUGUUCUCUGGUAUUCUCCGACCUUACUUUUUCAUCUGUGACACGAUUCCUCUUACCUUGCCACCUAUGACAGAUGUGGAGUCAGAAAAUUGGGCAUCCAGGGGUCAUCUUUACUCUGCUUCUAAUGUUGGACAUGAUCAUUCCUAAAAUUCUGUUCCUGAGAAUUUUAUGCCUAGCAAGUUUUCCUGGAGUGGAAUCGGGAGGAUGCAAAUAUGCUAAGCCCCAAAAUGUCCCCAUUUAGAUCAGCACUUUAAACCUUAUUGCUAUGGACAUUUUUCCAUGAGGACAAAACAGAAAAUAUGAAAUAUUUGCAUCUGGAGGAGGAUUACAGAGCAUAAUAAUUUUAGAAAUGCAGCAAUCUCCUCAAGUCUUUCCAGGUGGUGCUACAGAUUUUCUUGAUGAGGCUUUCUUCAAGUGAAUGGACCUGGUGUUAAACAAAGAUUUCUAUACAUUCAUUAUAAUUUCACAUUCAUUUUUAUAUCCUUUUGUUCCAAGUCUUCGAUCUAUUGAGAAUAAGAAAUGUCAUUUUUUUUUUUUUAGAAAUGGCAAUUCCUAAAUUCGUGGAGAACAGUCCAAUACAGCAUCAGAUCUAUAAUUCUGUUUCUCCCUCUCCUUAUUUCCCUUCUCUUCUCUCAUUCUUUCUGUGUGUUUGUCUCCGUCUCUUUUUUUUUUUAAUUUUUUUUCAACGUUUAUUUAUU